GUACAUUUGAUUGAUAAUGUCAAGAAUGAGGAUAUGUUUUUUCUAUUAGUCGUACGAAUGCUGAUGAUUUUGUGUCACGAAACGACUGUUGUCAGGUGUGAUAAAAAAAUUGUCGAAAGUAGCUCUCCAGUGACAGAUAACGUGAUCGUUCUUCAUCGACAACUCAUGAAUAAUGAUUAUCCACACUGGAGAGACGAAAAUUACGAUGACUUGUGGCUUUUGAGAGGUAAUAAACGCAGUUACGUGGCCCAUGCCGAGGGUGAUGAUGCCGAGGCUGAAAGUGAGGACGAAGGGGAGCAAUCAGACGUCGAAGAAACACACGAGGAGCCAGAGGAAUCUCCCGCUGAGGAUGAGACGGUAAAACGAAAGAGAUCAUUGGGACAUUAUCAUUCUGUAAAGCGGUGGAUAACAUUUGACGGAGGGAAACGGAAAAAUUUGCAAAGGGAAUUGAUUAGGUCGGCUGAUGAAAAUUGCUGGGAUCCGGACGCUACUGAUAAACCGGAAUACGUUGAUUACGAUGAAAAUAAUGCCAUUGAUUUUCAUCCCUCGACGAUUAUUUUUUUUAUUCAUUUACUUGUAGUAUAUUUAUUAUAUUUUCAAUAAACAAUAAAUUUCCAAUCUCUUAUACUCAUGGUAAUUAUA